AGCUGCUCGUAACUGUCUAUUCACAUUUACUUGUUUUCCCAUAUGGAAAAGACGGAAAAUUUCAAACCUUUUGCAAUAUCUGAUGAUCCUAAGAACAGAGCCUCCAACAAAUUCAUACCAGAGCCGAGCAGGAAGAGAUUUUGGCAGAAGAUCGUUUUAAGAAGGGCAAAACGGAAAAGGAAAUUUAGUUUCGCUGUGAAGUAUCAUAGAGACUUAGACUUCUGAGAGGAUUGAACGAUGGCCGUAAUUAUUAAAUUGAGAUUGUGAUUCUCAGGUGUAUAAUUUGAUAAUUCAUGUGAACAAGGAGAUCGUGGCUUGUUUUUAUUCAAUUAUCAGCUAUAUGGAGAAGCACAUCAGCUGCUUGACAAAAGUUCCAUGACAGGAAAAACAAGUGAAGGUAUAAGUGUCAUUCCCCCUCGCUAAUGGAGUAUUAGAAUUAAGCAAAAAGAUGGUAUUUAUUUUUUGAUAAUUUUGGUACAAAAUACUCUCUACAAUGGUAGAGAAAAAGGAAAAUCAAAUUACUUCCUAGUUAGUAUCGAUUUCUAGUUCCAAGGAUUUCCAAAAAGAAAAUUCUACUCUUUCCUGUCAUGGUGGGAUUGGGAAAUUGCCAUUAACUGAUGGGCAAACAACCUCUAUAAAUACUUCCAUUACAUGACUUAGGUUUUCACUGUCACUUACCCUUUUGUCUUCAGUUCAGCCUCCAUGGAAAAAUCACAUCAAAGAAGUGGGAGGAAGUCCCUUCCAAAGCCAAAGGUGGCACCUUGGCUUGUUUUCCCACAUGGUAAAGAGGGAAAGUUUCAAACUUUUUACAAUAUAAGUGAUGAGAAUAGAGUUUGCAAUAAAUUCAUACCAGAGCUGAGCAGGAAGAGAUUCUGGCAGAGAUCGUCUUUUCAAGGUUGGUUGGUAACUGUCUGUGAUGAAGAAGAUGAUCCUACCCCGAAUUUCAAUUAUGGGGAUUGUUUUUUGUGGAAUCCAGUAUCAAUGGAGACUAUUCAAUUACCUUCUGUUCUCUAUUGGUAUUCAUUAGGAGAUGAAUAUAUUACCAAAGACUGUGUUCUGUCUUCACCCCCUCAGAGGCAUGGUACUAGUAGCACUGAAGACGAUGAUAAUGUUUGUGAUGAUUCCAUUGUCGCUUUCCUUUUUGGUAGAAAAACAGGAGUUGGAAUGGACAUUCUUGUGUAUUGCCACCCUGGUGACAAAGAAUGGAAAACGCAUAACAUCACUGGCAUAUAUGACUUGGGAGACCUGCACUCAAUGCUCUACUUUAAAGGUAAGAUGUAUAUAAUGUGCGAGGGUGAUGAACAUUUAGAGAUAGAUAUGCAACAUGGAUUGUCUGAGCAUGAUGUUGGUAAAAUCCUAUCUAUAGCUAAAUUUGAAGUUAGUGAUGACAUAAAAGGCUAUACAGUAGGAGGAAUUUUCGAUACUUUAACGGAAACAUAUUAUGUUGAGUCUUUUGAUGAAAUAUUCAGAAUUACAAGAGUCAUCCUUCCUAGAGGUGUUUAUGAAUAUGUAACUAAUAUGGUGAUAGCAAAGUUGGAUUUCUCUUCCAUGUCUUGGGUGGAAAUGAAAAGUUUGGAUGAUCAUGUCUUAUUUCUAAGCCAUUCUUCUGCGCUGUGUUGCUUGACCAAGGAGUUGGGUUUUAGACGGGGUUGCGUGUAUUAUACACAACUAGAGGAAAUGAGCUUCUACAAGUAUGACUUGGAAGAUAAAAGUAUAUUGCUUUCUCUGCCAUGUCCCAAUCUUCCUCAACCGUGGUUAUCUGCUGAGUGGCUGAUGAUUACUACAACUUUCAGUAGGGUCGACGAUAAAAGAAGAAGAACAGAAUGUGUGUUAGGUAAUAACGGUGACGGAGGUACUAGUAUGAAGAAAAUGGAAAAAGGAAUUAGUAUAAACACUGGUGAUGAGAAAAAGGAUAUUGAGGAAGCAAGACCUUGGGUUACACUGACUGAUGAUAUAGUGUGGUCGAUAUCAAGCUAUCUAAGCCCGUUGGAUUAUAUUCAUUUACGUGCUGUUCGAAGAAACUAUCGGUCUGUGAUUCCUUUAUUGAAUUGGAGAAGGUUUUGUCCUUCCAGGAGUUUACAAACUGCUGAUUUGUCUCCAUGGCUGGUUUUUGCCAAGGAUAAUGAAGCUGUUUACAGUUUCAUAAACCCAAUGCAUAAUGAUGAAAAUUACCUCAUGAGCAUCCCCGAAUUAUUGAAGGGUUCAACAAUUCGCUUCUCGAAAGAUGGUUGGUUACUCUUGUCAAAAGGGGACUAUAGUUUGUUCUUCUACAAUCCCUUCACAAAAGCAAUUAUCAAAUUGCCGGACUUACCUGAAGAUUAUGAAUAUAGGUACAGGGGUAUCUCAUUCUCGUCAUUGCCUACUUCUUCAGAUUGCACAGUUUUUGCCAUCAGUAACUACAGGAAAGAUGAAGUAUGUAUCGCCUUCAUUAAACGGGGAGAUGAAACGUGGACAUGUGACAUCUUAGAUAACGUUUAUUUGCCUCCCAGUAAGAAAGAUAUUGCAUUUGAGCCAACUCUUAAUUGUCCAGUAUUCUUUCAUGGAGGUUUUUAUUGUUUGGAUCUGAGCGGAACUUUAGGAGUAUUUAAAUUGGAGAAUCGCACUACCUGGGAAAUUCUUUCCAUGGUUCGCCGUCCUAAUUGUGGUUUCAUCUAUGAGAGUUAUUUGGUCGAGCUUGAUGGAAAGCUUUUAUCUGUACUACUAGGCCAUUAUGGAAAAUGGGUUCGGAUAUUUAGAUUGGACCUGUCGGAAAUGGUUUGGGUUGAAGUUGAACAUUUAGGAAGGCAUGUGUUGUUUAUUAGCGAUACAUCUUGUGUCGCAACAGUUGCUCCGACUAGUCGAAUGGAGAACAAAAUCUACUUUCCUAGGUUGCAGAAUGAAAAAGUACUAUUUUAUUCUCUUGAUUCUGGUAAAUAUCACUCUCUCGAGGGUGCACAUCAGGGUAAUGAUUAUUCUAACUCGACGGAGAACUUAAGGUGCAGCUGGAUAGAACCCAAUUGGUCAGAGACAUUUGCUGGUCCCAGCAUUUAGAUCAGGAUGCAUAGACAUUUGCUUACUUCUGAGAACCAGAUCCAGUUUCUUCCUUUAUCCAGUAUAACUUUUAUGUAUGUUCAUGUUGUAAACUACUCCGUCCGUUCUUUUUUAAUAGGUCAGUUUCUAUAAAUAAAAGUUUCAAAAAAAUA